CACAAGAAGGUGACAGCUUACACAAAAAGUUUUUCGUGUGACUUUCACGUCACUGGUUCAGCUGCUUCACGUUGAAGCUGAUUUCCUUACCUGCGACCGGGGCCGUCGUCUUCCGUUAUAGCGACCACCUGUUUUCGUGGACGAAAUGGAUCCGUUCAAGUUAUUAACACGAUCAACCAACUUGACCAAAGCCGCAACAGCGUCGAAGAAGACGGCGUCUCAGCAUACACCCUCGACCGGGCAGAAUGCGAACCCUCAGCUUUUCGGCGGAAAGGAUGACGACUCGUCGAGCAACGCAAGCAAGAAGCGCAAACGGGGCAAUCCGAGCGCCGUCCCAGACUUGGUGACUGAAGCAGAGCUCGAUUUCUUUGGCGACGGCAAGAGCAAGAAUGUUUCCUCCAAAGAGAAGGAUGACGACGACGCAGGAGUGCCAAACGAGAAGAAUGAGACAUCGAAAUUUGCAAAGGAUACUUUGAGUGAAGAAGAUUGCAAGAGAAUAUUGCGGUCUCAUAAGCUCAAGAUUACACUAUUAAAUGCGACUGAACCCGCAGCAGCAGACAAUGAGGGCGAGAAGAAGUCGAAGAAGAGGAAAAAGGAGCAGGCUACGGAACAUGCUAAUUCGGGAAAGAAAAAGGCCCACGUUCAAGUCUUUCCUCAACCAUUGACCUCUUUCAAACAAUUACGGAGCCGGUACAACAUAUCGAGGCGACUGGCAGACAAUCUUGCAGCGCAGGGUUAUACUAUUCCUACAGAAGUGCAACUUGGUGGGCUUCCUUUGCUGUUGGGAGAUAUUGGUGGCUUAGAGGGCGACAAAGGCGCGCAUACGAAGAGCACCACAAAGCAAAGCCUGGCGGACGUUGAUCUUUUGACCGUUGCUCCCACGGGCAGCGGCAAGACGUUGGCUUUUCUCAUCCCGGUUUUGAAUCAAAUUCUGGCAAGAAGAAAAGCGGUCAAGGACAAUGUCGAAGAGGAAGAACUCGAGGGGCCCAAGGCUAUCGUCGUAGCCCCGACGAGAGAACUGGCCAGCCAGAUUGUCAACGAAGGAAGGAAACUGGCGCUGGGAACCGGUAUCCGAGUCACUGCGAUGCGAAAGGGCAUGAAACCAGCUGCUACUUUCCCGCAGGACGAAGAGGACGAGUCUGCCGACGAGGAGCAAGAGUCAGGCUCGGAUUCUGACCAUUCCGACAGCGACGAGUCUACAUCCCAAGAGCACAACCAGAACAAGAAGGACUCUAAAACGAGCAAAAAACAACGUCCUGUCGUCAAAGCUGACGUUCUCGUCACCACUCCUCUUCUAAUGCUCCACGCUAUCUCGCUCAAAGGACAAUCCGCGACCGCCAGUAUGCCUUCGGUCCGGCACCUCAUUCUCGACGAAGCAGACGUCCUGCUUGACCCUCUGUUCCGGGACCAAACGCUGGGCAUCUGGAACGCCUGCAUCAACCCGUCACUCCGCGUCAGUCUCUGGUCCGCGACAAUGGCAUCUUCUGUCGAAGAACUCGCCCUAUCCACAAUCGAAUCACGCGCCAUCACUCUCCGUCUCUCCACCCACGCACCACUCGCCCGACUCGUCGUCGGUCUUAAAGACUCCGCCAUCCCCAACAUCUCGCACCGCCUCAUCUACGCCGCCACCGAGCAAGGCAAACUCCUCGCUCUGCGGCAGAUGCUGCACCCCACCUCCUCCAUCUCCGACGACUCCUCCGGUCCUCCGCUCCGCCCGCCCUUUAUCGUCUUCACCCAAACCAUUCCCCGCGCGGUCGCCCUGCACUCUGAGCUGCUCUACGACAUUCCCCUCGAAGCCGGCGGCUCGUCGCGCAUUGCCGUCCUGCACUCCGACCUCUCCGACACCCUGCGCUCCGACGUCAUGGCCAGAUUCCGCAACGGCUCCGUCUGGGUCCUCAUCACCACAGACCUCCUCGCCCGCGGCGUCGACUUCCGCGGCGUCAACGGCGUCGUCAACUACGAUUUCCCUUCCUCUGGCGCUUCCUACAUCCAUCGCGUCGGCCGCACCGGCCGCGCCGGCCGCGAUGGCGGCGUCGCCGUCACCCUCUACACAAAGGAAGAUAUCCCCUAUGUGAAAAACGUCGCGAACAUUAUCGCCGCCAGUGAGAAACUCCGCAGAGACGAACGCCCCUCGCAUAAGGCAGCCGGUCCUGUCUCCUCGCAAAUCUCAAGCACCAUCCAGCCUUGGCUCCUCGAUGCCCUUCCCACGCCGUCAAAGCGCGAUAAACAGCGCCUCAAACGCCGUGGUGUCGAGGCUAGAAGAUCAGAUACUGCAGGACCCGGCACGGAAGCAGGAGCAGGAACGGGAGCACGAGACGGCGGAAGCAAGUCCCGCAUCAGUACGAAGAGCGGCUUCGAUCGGAAAUUGGAGAAUAGACGCAAAGGCGCAAAGAUGGCGAGCCAAAAGGCGAAAAAAUCUUCCUCUUCUUCUGCUGCUGCUGCUGCUACUGCUGGCACUCCUGCUGCUCAUGAAGAAGACUCGGAUGGGAACGAGUGGGGCGGCUUUGAUUAAUUGCACAUAUAGACCCCUUUUGUUGCAUUCAGUAGUUUUUUUGUAGGGUCAUUAUCAAAAAGUUUUCAAAUGUCCUGGGC